UGUCACUGUCAGUGUUUGGUGUGGAAUUUCUGCUUUAACACAAUUUUUCAUUUUAGCACUAUGAGCAGAAACAACUCCAUUACAGACCCACACCAGGCAAGCCAUAUUCAUAUGGAAAGUCAAGGUAUCCAACAACUUCUAGUGGCAGAGAAGAAAGCAGCUGAAAAAAUUGCUGAUGCUAGAAACCGUAAGGUUAAGAGACUGAAACAAGCCAAAGAAGAAGCAGAAGCUGAAAUAGAAAAAUACAGAGCCCAAAGAGAAAAAUCCUUUCUUCAAUAUGAAGCUCAAUAUGCACAAAGUGACCAUGUGGAAACCAAAAUUCAGCACGAUAUGGAAAUGCAAAUGCAAAACUACAAAACGGAAAUAGAAAAAAAUAAGGAUCGGGUAAUUGAAGAUCUUAUAUCCUAUGUUACAGACGUUGAACCAAUAGUCAAUCCCAAUUUUUUUAUUUUAAAAUCGUUUAAUAAAAUUUAAAAACACUGUAUUUUAAUAGUAUUCUUGUAUUUUAAUUUAUUACUGAAUAAACUUAC